AUGGUUGAAUAUAAACUGGAAAAAGCAUUGUCCCCAGAGUACUUAGCAGGAGAUGCUAAUGAUAAUAAAGAUAUUUUAAAAAGAUAUGAAAUCAAUUGUGAUAUGGGAGAAGCUUUUGGCCCUUGGAGAAUGGGACCAGAUGAAGAUUUAAUGCCAUUGAUUGAUUCUGCUAAUGUUGCUUGUGGUGGGCAUGCUGGAGAUCCUGGUACCAUGGAAAAGACUGUCAAGUUGGCUAAGAAAUAUGGCGUUAAAGUCGGCGCCCAUCCUGGAUUACCUGAUAAAUUGGGUUUUGGUAGAAGAAUUUGGUUAAUUGCACCUGAAGAUAUUUAUACCAUGGUUUUAUACCAAGUUGGUGCAUUGAAAGCAUUUUUAGAUGCUGAAGGUAUGGAAUUGUCUUAUAUCAAACCUCAUGGUGAAUUGUACUUCUAUAUCGAAAGAGAUGAUGAAAUAAAGAAGGCGGUUAUGAAGGCUGCAAAAGUUUUUGGAGUUCCAUUGGUUGCCGCUAAAAGUGCUCCAUAUUUGGAGAUUAUCAAAAGUGAAAAUCAGCAAUUGAUCCAAGAAAUUUAUCCUGAUUUGAAUUAUAAUCCAAAGGGGGAUUUGUGUAGAAUUAAGGCUGGACCUAAAACUGUUAGAACUCCAGAAAUGAUUUAUGAUUGUAUUAUGAAAGCUGGUAUGGCUGAUCAAUUAGUUGAUAUUGAAGGCAAUACUUUAAAUAUCAAUUACAAUGGUAGUCCAAUUACAUUCUGUUUACAUAGUGAUAUGCCAACAGCCUUAGAAAAUGCCAAAUUAGCAAGAAAAGCUGUUGAUAACUUAAAUGAUCAUUAUGGCUUUACCAAGAAAUGA